AUAACGCAGCUUCAUCUGUGGCUUUCGUGGACAAAGUACAUUUGCGCGGGAACGAGAAACAAGUUGUGGAAAGCAUGUUGACAAAUGACAACCUGGCGACUAGUAAAUACAGGAUAUGUAGGAUUAAGGAGAAGCACUGAUUAGCGCAGCUUUCUUGACUUGAAUUUAGGAGAAAUGUUGCCUACCAAUAUCGCGUGGCUGGAUGAUGCCUCUGGCGCUGUGGUGGCACUCAAUGAUGCUCAAGGACAGAAGAGCGUGUCUUUGUUGGCCUGGCCUCUUCAGCCGGGGGCUGGAAGGGACGGGCACGACCGCAGCCUUAGUCGCAGGGCGGCACUCUCCAGCGUUUCCCUGCCGCUCGGGCACUGCGUCCUAGCCGCUGGGGCCGUCGCCGCGGCCGGGCAGACCCCGGUAUCAGUGCUGGUGACGGCAACUCCAGCUGCAGCAACAGGGCCCGGCGGCCCUCAGUCUUCUGCUUUCCCUCAGGAGCCCUGCCUGCAUGUCUGGCGCGUAAGCGUCAUGCAGCGCCCGCCCGAGCCCUCUGCGCACCGCGGCACCGCAGCUUCGGGCGGCGCGGCUGCGGACCCGGACCGCGACGCGUCAGGGGUGCCCCUCCUGCCGCCGCCGUUGGCGGUCAGACUCCAUCGCGUGGGCCGGCUGGCUGUACACGGCAGCGGCAGUAGCAGCAGUAGCGCCAGUAGCAGCAGCGGCAGCAGUCGCGGUAGCAGCGGCCGUAGCAACCACCGUGGCUGCAGUGGUACAUGCGCGGCGCCGUGCCUCGAUGAUGUGCACUCCUGGCGGUGCGUACUGGCCCAGCAGUGCUGGCCGCAGCGGCCGGCCACUCCGGGGAUGGCCGCCGCCGCCGCCGCUGCCGCCGCCGCGGCGACAGGGGCGGGGGCUGCAGCUGUCCCCUGGGCUGCGGUGCAGGUGGACGCCGGCCGCGUGCUGCUGCUGGGGCUGGAGCCGGCCCUUGGGCCAGGUCCCGCCGCCAGCUCUGCGCCCCUGCGCUGCAUCGACCUGGACCUGAGUACUCGCGGCUUGGCGCAGCACCCGCCGCUCAUCCACAUCAACAGCACCACCAACAACACCGGAAUGAGCAGUCGGGCGGGGCUAACAGAUCUCAAUCCCGCAACAACGGGAGGGCUGCCACCACGGAAACGCGGCUCCGCGGCGGCAGCCGCCGCCGCCACAGCAGGGUUUGCGGCGACCGGGCCUGAGAACGUGGACCCUCACGCCUCUUGCUCCGGUGCGGCGGACAAGCACCUGGUCGCAGGCACCGGGGAGGCUGGUGCCGCUGUGACUGGCACGGGUACGGGCCCGAGCCUGCCGCCGGGCGGAGGCGAGGCCGCGGUCCCACCGCCACUACCACCAGGUGCUGCUGCCGGCCUCAUGGCAGCUGCGUCGCUGCGGCUGCUGUCGGCCACGUGCACUAUCACCAGCACCAGCAGCAGCUCCACCGCUAGUGAUGGUGGUCUGGAGCAGUGGCAAGAGCACCGGCAGCAGCAACAGCAACAGCAGCAGCAACAACGCCUGGAGCAGCUCGAGCUGUACCUCGCAGCUGACCGCGGCGGUGAGACGCCAGCAGCGGCUGCGCCGCCUGCGCAGCAGCAGCAGGAGCAGCACGUGCUGGCAGGUGCGGGGCCGACCGCCGCCGACGCGCAGCAGCCGCUGCUGCUGCUGGUCCGUGUGUCGGUGCCUGUGGAGCACGAUGACCUUGAGCAGCAGCUACAGCCUGUGCAUGCGGGGGACGGCAGCGGCGCUCUUGGCGAUGUAGGCGCGGCGGGCGCAGGUGGGCUGCUGCUGCAGGCGCUGCUCCCGCGAGGCAGCGGGCGACUGACAGCGUGUUGCGUACUGCCGAGCGUCGUGGCGGGAGGCCAAAUCAGCCUUAACGGCAGCUCGGCAUUAAGCAUCGACGGGCGGGGACCAAGCAGGAGAGGGCACAUGCUUGCGGGAUCCCCCGUGCUCGUGGGUUGCAGCAGCGGACGGCUUCAGCUGCUGCUGCCGACGGUGUGGCGGUCCGUGGGCGACAUGCGGGCUGCUGCCUGUGGUGCGGAGGAGUGCUGCUCAGCUUCGCUGCCAGGAGCCGUGGAGUCUCUCACGCCGCUGCCUUCCGUGGCGGCCUCCAGCGGCCUCAGCGCCGCCACCUGUGAGCGCUGCCACUCGCCAGCAGCCACAGCAGCCGCAACAGCCGGCGGUGCGCCAGUGGCGGUGUUGGUGGGCGCCAUGGUCCACCAACACCAGCCGCAGCAGCAGCAGCAGGGCCAUGCUGGCAAGGGCGGCGACGGCCCUGGCUGCCCUGGCGGGCGGACGCUGGAACUCCUGCUGCUGCGCGAGACGCAGCAUGAGCGCAGCCAGCGGCUGCAUGGCCGGGACGGCGGCAACAGCAAAAGCUGGGAGCUGCAGCGGCUGUGGGCGAUUUCAGACACCCUCCUGCUACUGCCCGUGCAUCAUCCCUACGCCUUCUGUGCAGCCCUGGUGCCCUCGUCAACACCAGCAGCUGCGGGCACUGUGUCCACUGCACCCGUAGGUUCAGCCCAGGGGUGCACCAGCGACUGCAGCCAGGAGGCGGCGCCGCCGCCGCAGCCGCAGCAGCAGCAGCGCCACCAGACGGCGCUGCUGGCAACUGUGGGCGCAGUGGUGGUGCUCGGCCCCAGCAGUGUGUGCAGGAGCACCCACGGCACGCGGGCCCAGCAGCAGCGGCCGACCAGCGGCGCUUACUCGGUGGGCGGCGGGGGCAUGGACUGGCACCGGCCACAGCAAGACGUUGAUGACCCGUGCCAGGCGCCAUAUGGGUAUGGCGUAGGGGAGGGUGAGGAUGAGGACGCGGUAGCGUAUGGCCGUAGCGGCGGUCAGCCGAGCUUGCCGGCACCACCUGAUGGCUGCAUGCCGGUGACAGCGGCGGCGGCGCCUGAGGUGGAGGCGUUGGGUCCGGUGCAGCUGCCCUGGGGGCCCUGGGGCGUGCGGCCAGCAGUCCUGCUACCAUCAUCGGUGGGUCCACUGCCGCCUCACCUCCUGCUGCACCUGGAGGCCCCGGGGCCACUUACGGCCACAGCGGCGCCAGGGGCACCAGGGGCCGGCGGGCUGCGCAGCGACAGCGAGCUGCCGCAUGCGCGUGGCGGCGACCCAGGAGGACUGCAUGCCUGCUGGGCGCUGCCGGCGGCGGCGGAUUGCCGCGGAGCUCUCAGUGGCGUCUGGCGUGUGGCCGCUGGCGACUGCCGAUGGCGACUGCAUCCGCAGCAUGGUGGGUCCGAGGCCAUUGAGGUUGAUGAGGAGUUGGAGGAGGAGGUGCAGGACACGCCACACCAGCAGGCGGCGCGGCGGCAGGCCAGCAGGCACCCGGCGCAGGGGGCAGCAGCAGGAGGGGCAGCGGGAGAGGAGGGCCACGGUAAGGAGCAGGAGCGGGAGCACGCCCGGGGGCUGGAGAAAGUGCUGGCGCACAUGGCCCGGCGCUGGGACACAGGCGUGUGGCAUGCGAUGGAGCGGCGUGCGGCGCUCCAGCGCAUGAUGGCGCUGACGCGGCAAGCGGAGCGCCAGCUCAGCGACCUGGCUGCUCUUGGUGGGGCAGGGAGUGGGGGCGGGGCAGGCAGCUGGCUGGGAGCGACCACGCCAGCGAUGGCCCUACCGUCGCCAGGUGCGCUGUGCCCGCCGCUGGGACCCCUCCCCGUGUCAGCCUUGCCAGCAACCGCUGUGCCGCCAGGCAUCCAUGGCUGUUCAGGGCAGCUGCCGCAGCCACAGUCGCUAGAUGUGGAUGUGAAGUCCGCCGCUCAGUGGGUGGAGGGCGAACACUGGCACGCCAAGGUCGUGGCUCAGCUGCGACGGCGGAGCCGCACUUGCACACAGGGCGUGCCUGCGAACACUGGCGGAUUUCAAUCUACGCACCCGCCUGUAGACAGCAGCAGCAGCAGUAGCAGCGCCCACCUCGGGGUACAGAUGCAGGAUGUGGUGCUGCUGCUGUUCCAGGACAGCAAGGACAUGAGCGAUGGGACUGGCAUCAAGGCUGUAGCAGCAGCCGUUGGUAUGCCAGGGGCGCGGGUGGUCGUGCCGGGCGUGCACAGCAGCUGGUCAUGUGGACCGGCACCUGCACCAGCAUCUGCACCCGCGCCGCAUUUUUACAGAAAGCCGCAGCUGGGACCACUGGCGAGCGACAUGGCAGGCGGGGAGGCCGGGGCUCGCGGUGGCUUGAGCACUAGCCCUAGCAGUAGCAGCAGCAGUAGCCUCACGGUCAUGGUCAAGGCCACCGUGCCCCUUACUGUCCUGACUGGCAGGACGGCUCCAGGGCUUUUGAAGGAUGCUGCCUCCUGCACCUCCACGGUUGCACCGGGUGGCGACAUUUGCCGCGCCCUGGGGCUGCUGCCGGACCUCCUGGUUCCCAACAUGCACCGCCAUAAUAGCCACGACGAACAGCAGGAGGAGCAGGAGCACUGGACACAUGGAGCGGCCUGCCCCUGAGUGCGCUGGUGCCUGUCGAGGCCUUUGACAUGGUGUGCGUCCCCGAGGAUGUGGAUGUGGGAGCUGUGACUAGCCAGCAUCAGGCUACAGAUCUGACUGCAGUGGAUGUUGCCACCAGCGCUCUGGAGCACUCCAUUAAGGCAACACUGGAGUCCUUUGAGGCUGCCCUUCUGCACCAGCAUUCCGGGACGCUGAAAACGCCAACUAGCCUGGUUAAUGCCCUUCAGCACGCCACAAGCAUUCACCAUGUGAUGGCCAUCCUUUGAUGGAAUUCUGUCUUCUCAAUGCUUAUCCAGUGUGGCAAGAUUUGUGUCUUGGGUCUGUCAAGUUGGUCAACGUACUCUUGCAUGACGCUUUCUGCUGGUUUCCACACGAAUGAGCGAUGUCUCCCCUUGCAUGGGGACGUUGUGUAGCGUGCGCUUGUGCAGGGUUAUCUGUGCGGUGCGGCUGCUUGACAGGCAGCCAAACAGAAGUCUGUUUGGAGUACCGUAUGCCAGCUGGGAGUAGGGCGGGGGCAGUCAUGUGGGUGGCUGAACCGGGGCUCAGCCACACUGCACCAGCCGACAUCUGUACUGUAAUCAUACGGUAUCAUGCAACCAGUAAUAAAGCGCAAGCAGCCAUAAAUGUCUAGGUAGCGGUCCGCGGUGGGGUUGGCAGGGCAUGCGUAGCGGCAAGUAGUGCGGCUGUUGACAACUGCGCUGUGUCUGGCUGUGGUCGGCCCUGCUGAGGCAUCGCAAUUGCUAGGCACCGGGUUUGGCUAUGUGCCUGAGGAAACUGACUCCGGCUACGUCCGGGCAAUGAGGUUGUGCGGCCUCAGACUGUGGAGGGGCUCAGCCCCUUUUCCCGUGAUCGGGGUACACUUGUCUCCUGUC